UUAGAAAACAGCUAUAGAUUUUUUUGAUGUUUAAUGACACAGCAUUAGAUAAAAAUCUGAAUUUCAUCAAGUAAUUUUAAAGUUAUUCCUGCCAAUCACGUUUAGUGUAUACGCCGAAGCGUCUGCGAGUAGUAGGUACGAUUAAGUGAAAUGUCGGUGAAACAUCUCGGCAAGGGCUCGGAAGAACCGCCUCGCGUUGAAGGGCUUCUAAGGCUCUACUCCAUGGAAUUUUGCCCCUACGCUCAAAGAGCGCGGCUUGUGUUAAAAGCGAAAAACAUCCCUCAUGAUAUCGUAAAUAUAAAUUUAUUGAGUAAACCCGAGUGGUAUUUCAAAAUCCAUUCUGAAGGAAAAGUUCCAGCAUUAUUGGACGGCGACAAAAUAAUUGUAGAAAGCUUGGAUAUAUGCGAUUAUCUGGAUGAGAAAUACCCUGAGCGACCGCUUUAUUCAGCAGAACCGGCCGCUAAGGCUAAAGAGAAGGAGAUCAUCCAGAAAAUUGGUCCAGUGACCGGGGUGUUUGCCAGAGCAUUGUUUACCGAUGAGAAGAAAGAGGUCAAAGAGUGGACGCAGGAGUUCAUUAGUGUCCUUCAGCCACUCGAAGAUGAAUUAAAAUCUCGGGGAACAACAUAUUUUGGCGGUGAAAAGCCGGGAAUGGUUGAUUAUAUGGUUUGGCCCUGGGCAGAGAGAGCUGGAUCCUUCGUCAUUAAGUUUGGGCAGAAACCAGCUCUCAGUGACGAUCAGAUUCCCUUGCUUCGCAAAUGGAGGAAGGCAAUGAGGGAGGACCCAGUUAGUUCAGAACUCUAUCAUGGCCCAGAAAGGUUUUGGAAAGUAGUGCUGUUUAAAUUGAAUAAUGUUGAAAACCCUGAUUAUGACAAGGUCGCUAGUUCCUAGUUAUUCCUGUUCCAUUAAAAUAAGGAAAUAUAUAUCCCAGAUGGAAAAAUAAUUAUACAUUAUAAUGAUUAAAUUUAUUCAAAACUUUUGUAUACUUAAUUAGAUAUAGACUUCAAGUUGUUCGACUGAAUGGC